AUGUCCGGCUACGCCAUCGCCAUCAGAUACAGCAGCAGCAGCAGCAGCAACGGCACCAACGACGGCGCCUGCGUCGUGGGCGGCGCGCUCCCCAGCUCUUCAGACAACCUGAACUCACCGUGGCCGACCAAGACGCACAUCUCCAUCGCCGGGAACGACACGAGCUUUCCGGCCUUCAAGGACUGCUGCCUCGGGUACCCGGUCCAGUUCAUCCCGCCGUGCACCCUGUGGUGCCAGGUCGCCGACAGCCAUAACUACUCCGACACGGCCGCGUGCUGGGACAAGUACGAUUUCCACCCGGCCUCGGUCCGCGGCGGGCCGGGAGUGCCCGGGACGCAGACGGGCUCGGUCGACGUCAAGAGGACCGCGGGGAUCGCCGUCGGCGUGGCAUGCUCGCUCACCUUGCUCCUUGUGCUGGCUGUGUGGCUUUGGUGCCCCCGGAGAGGCCAGAAGCCCGCUGUUGUGCUGCCGGCCACGCAGCAGCUGGGAAGUGGCGGGCUCAAGGAUGGGGCCAAGAGCGCCAACGAUGGCGGCGCGGAGAUGGGCUAUGACGAGGACAAGCUCCGCUAUAGCAGCGAUAACUCGAGCCGGGAAUCGUUUGCAAGCAAAGUCUAA